CAUGUCAAGAAUAUUUUCAUUCGCUUAAAUUUCCACCAGAAGGUAAAAACCCAUAUUCAGCCCGUUAUAUCGGAUCUAUGGUAGCAGAUGUUCAUCGUACACUUUUGUAUGGUGGAAUCUUUGCGUACCCUGAUGAUAAGAAAUCCAAAAAUGGAAAGCUUCGCCUGUUAUACGAAUGUUCUCCUAUGGCCUUUCUGGCAGAACAAGCGGGCGGUAAAGCCACUACCGGUCUUAAAAGAGUGCUCGACGUUGUUCCUGAAAAUAUUCAUUCUAGGUGUCCGAUCUUUUUGGGUAGUAAAGAUGAUGUGGAAGAUGUUGAAAGACUUUAUAAAAAGCACUCGAAAUAA